GUGCUUCCCCGGGGUGCUCCCUCUAAUAGCAGUCAUCCGCAGCCCUGGCUUCAGUUUGAUCCCACCUCUUUUUGGACACCCAGAUUCUGGCUCCCACGUCCCCUCCUAGUGUUAGAUGGAGUGAUGAAGGUGUGGAAGAGAAAGCUAAAGGAGGAUGAAACCAUUGCUGCUUCUCAUGUUGAUUCCAUUUGCUGGAGCUGAAUCUUGUCCUCAGAUGCCCUGCAAGAAUGGCGGGACUUGUUUGAAACACUCCAAUGGGACGUCUUCCUGCCUGUGCUCUCCUGGCUACGUAGGAGACACGUGCCAGUUUCCAGACCCUUGCACCCCUGUGCUUUGCCAGAACGGGGGCAGUUGCUUGUCCAGAGCACUUCCUCCUUCUUCAGCCGCCCCCGAGUACGUCUGUGUGUGCCCUCCUGGUUUCACUGGGGAGAAAUGCCAGGGGGUCGUUGGUGAUCCCUGCUUCCUAUCACCCUGCCAACAUGGAGGGACAUGCCAACGGAUCUCCGGGAAAGAGCAUCAAUGCCAGUGUCUAUCAGGAUGGACCG